UGGCUUCAUUCUCUCAAAAGUCUGGCAACUCAACUUUUGUUUUGAGUAACAAAAAUGGGUCAAUCACAAUGGAAAAAUUACCUGAACCCGGCACUGUUGGUGCUGCCAUUGCUACAUUCAGGGUCAUCACUUCAAAAAAAUAUUCAACCAUUAGACAAUGCAUUGGAAACUCCGUCAUGCUCGAACCAUUUGAUCUUCCUGGGAUGCUUCUAGUGACUAAAGGGUCAGAUCUUGCAAUCACAAAUUCUUUCAAUGGGGAGGCCUCUUCUAGUUUCCUCUUGGUUCCUGGAUUGGAUGGAAACUCUGAUUCUGUGUCCUUAGAGUCAGUAAGCCAGAAGGGAUGCUAUGUAUAUAGUGGUGUGAACUACCAAUCUAGUGUGAGCCUGAAGCUGCGCUGCAAAGGGGAGUCAUCUGAUGCGGAGUUCAAUCAGGCUGCAAGCUUUGUAAUGAAGAAGGGAAUAAGCGAGUAUCACCCUAUUAGCUUUGUAGCAAAAGGGGCAAGGAGGAAUUUUCUUCUGGCACCAUUACUGAGCUUCAGAGAUGAAUCUUACACUGUUUAUUUCAACAUCAACAAGCAUAAAAAAUUUGAGUGAGAGUGCUGGAAAUCGUGGCCAUGAGCUUGCCACCAAACAAUAAACUUCAUCUUUCUGCUACUUCACGAAGUUGAAGUUUUCAUGGUUUUUUUUUUCCCAGUAAAUAAGCUUUUCAUUU